AUGGCAAAAUUCUCACAAUAUUCCCUGGCCAAGGGGUGGAGCUUCAGAGAUAGCGAAAAUGAAUCUACGGAAGCAUGGAUGCCGGUUCCCGUCGUUCCUUCUGUUGUUCACCAGGAUUUGAAGGCAAAUAACAAAUUGGAGGAUCCAUUUGUUGGCUUCAACGAAUUGAAAGCUCGAUGGGUGAACGAAAAAUCAUGGACAUAUCGGAACAUUCUUCAGAAACCAGCUGUUCCAGCUGGCUCAUCAGUGUUCCUGGUAUUCGAUGGGCUGGAUACGUUUGCAAAAGUCAGACUUGAUGGGAAUAUAAUCUUGGAGAGUGACAACAUGUUUCUCGCCCAUCGGGUGGAUGUGACCAAGGCUCUGGAAGCUGAGGGCCAGCAUGUUCUAGAAAUCGACUUCGACUGUGCGAUGCUUCGGGCUCAGAAGCUUCGUGAGCAGGAUACCAAGCAUAAUUGGGCUUCGUUCAACGGAGAUCCAGCCAGAAUGAGUGUGAGAAAGGCUCAGUAUCAUUGGGGCUGGGACUGGGGGCCUGUCCUCAUGACAGCAGGCAUCUGGCGAGAUGUGCGAUUGGAGGUCUAUUCCGCAAGAGUUUCAGAUCUCUGGACAGAAAUCCAGCUCUCUUCAAAUCAUCAGGCAGCUGAUAUCUCUGCUUUUGCUGAAUUGGAAACAAUUUCUUCCGGUCCAUAUGAAGCAAACUUUACUCUGCGUCUUCACGGAAAAGAGGUCGCGCAGCAGAAAGUUACUGUAACUGAUAACAGCUUUGCUAAAGCAACUCUCCAUUUGGAAAAGCCAUCUCUCUGGUGGCCCAAUGGCUAUGGUGACCAAACCCUUUAUGAAAUUACUGUGUCCGUCGUCAACGGACAAGACGAAUUCCAUCGAAUUUCAAAGAAAUUUGGGAUUCGUACGGCGGAGGUCAUUCAACAGCAUGAUAAACACGGCAAAUCCUUCUUUUUCCGCAUCAAUGGAUUCGACAUCUUUUGUGGUGGAUCUUGCUGGAUUCCUAGUGAUAGCCUUCUACCAAGCAUAACGCGCGAUAGAUAUCGGAAGUGGGUUCAGUUGAUGGUCGCUGGUCGUCAGGUCAUGGUCAGGGUUUGGGGUGGUGGGAUAUACGAAGACGAUCAUUUCUAUGAAGCAUGUGAUGAAUUCGGGAUCAUGGUGUGGCAAGACUUCAUGUUUGGUUGUGGAAACUAUCCAGCAUGGCCUAAGCUACUUGAAUCAAUUCAAGAAGAGGCAACCUACAAUGUGCGCAGAUUGCGUCACCACCCAUCGAUUGUGAUAUAUGUCGGCAACAACGAAGACUAUCAGGUUCAGGAACAGGCGGGCCUUUUCUACGACUACAAAGACAAAAACCCCGAAAAUUGGCUGAAAACAGACUUCCCCGCUCGUUACAUAUACGAGGAACUAUUGCCAUCUGUAGUUCAGGAGCUCUGUCCCCAAACCUUCUAUCAUCCUGGCAGUCCCUGGGGCGACGGAAAGUGGACAUCUGAUCCCACGGUUGGUGAUUUGCAUCAAUGGAAUGUAUGGCAUGGAACGCAAGAAAAAUACCAAAUCUUCGAUACACUUGGCGGUCGAUUUAAUAGUGAAUUUGGCAUGGAAGCAUUCCCUCACUUGCCAACAAUUGAAUACUUUGUCGAAAACGAGGCCGAUAAAUAUCCUCAAUCACACGUCCUUGAUUUCCACAACAAGGCCGACGGCCAUGAGCGAAGAAUCGCUACUUAUCUUGUGGAAAAUGUCAGGACUGCUACAGACCUUGACACAUAUAUAUAUCUCACCCAACUCAUCCAAGCCGAAGCAAUGAUGUUUGGAUACCGUGGGUGGCGUCGCCAAUGGGGUGAUGAGAGACACUGUGGUGGUGCUCUUCUCUGGCAGAUAAACGACUGCUGGCCCACCAUCUCCUGGGCCAUUGUCGAUUAUUUUCUGCGGCCUAAGCCAGCGUACUACGCAGUCGCACGAGUGCUUAAUCCAAUUGCAGUGGGAGUGCGCAGAGAACAUCAUGACUGGAGUGUCACUCACGCACAGCCUCCUAAAACAAGCAAAUAUGAACUCUGGAUUGCCAGCAGCCUUCAAAAUCAUGUCAGUGGCAAGAUAGAGCUGCGAUUCAUUUCUAUCAAUACCGGACUAGAAAUCCGCGAGCCAAUUGUACGGGAGAAUAUCCGCCUUCUGCCUAAUGGUACAACAGAUGUCAUUGUGGAUGGCAUCAUUGAUCAUGCUGCUGAGCCAGAGCCCCAUGUGCUAGCUGCAAGGCUGUGGGUUGAUGGUCGCCUAGUCGCUCGCGACGUAGACUGGCCCCAACCAUUCAAGUAUCUUGAGUUUUCAGACCGAGGACUUGAUGUCAAGAAAGUGUCUGAGUCUUCUACAAAGCAAACACUUGUUAUAAGCACGAAAAAGCCGGUGAAGUGCUUAGUUUUCGAGGAGAGGGAUGGAGUCAGACUCAGUGAUAGCGCCAUCGAUCUUGUUCCUGGGGACGAUCAGACUGUUGAUAUAACAGGGCUGAAUCCGGACGAUGCACCAUUGAGAUAUAAAUUCCUUGGCCAAUAG